CGCCGAGAGCGGGAUGGGUCCGGCCGGGCUGCGCCGCGCCCGCGGACUUAGAGCAGGAGUCCCUGUUGCUUUGAGAAGCACAAUGACCAUCUCACAGCUCUGUUUGGAGGAGAGGGUGUAGAAGGUCUGCUGCCACUGCACUCUCCUGAGGUGUGUGGUAAAAAUGGUGCAGAAAUACCAGUCCCCAGUUCGAGUCUACAAAUACCCUUUUGAGCUCGUCAUGGCAGCCUAUGAGAAGCGCUUUCCUACAUGCCCAGAGAUCCCAGUCUUCCUGGGGAGUGAAAUCCUGCAUGAAUCCAGGAGUGAGGACGGAGCCAUCCAUGUCAUCGAGCGGAGCUGCAAGCUGAAUGUGGAUGCUCCCAGGCUGCUGAAGAAGAUUGCAGGGGUAGAGUAUGUCUUCUUCAUCCAGAAGAACACCGUGAACUGGAGAGAGAGAACCCUCCGCAUCGAAGCCCACAACGAGACCUUUGCCAACCGUGUGGUGGUCAGGGAGACCUGCAGCUACUCAGUUCACCCUGAGAACGAGGAGUGGACAUGCUUUGAGCAGUCGGCCUCUCUCGACAUCAAAUCAUUUUUUGGCUUUGAAAGCACUGUGGAAAAAAUUGCCAUGAAGCAGUACACCUCCAACAUCAAACGGGGCAAGGAGGUGAUUGAGCACUACCUGAAGGAGCUGAUCUCCCAAGGGAUCACGUUCAUCCCUCGCUGGAGCCCUCCCGCGGUGAAGGAGGAGCAAGCCCCGGCUGUGGGACGGGUCCCUGGUGACAUCCUGCUGGAUUCUGGGGCUGCUGGCACCAGCAGGGAGCCGGCUGCCAGCCCCUGCCCUCCCCCAGAGGCUGCCAGCCCCGACGCUGACAAACUGGACGCUGAUUACAUCGAGCGCUACCUGGGCCAGCUCACCCCGAUGCAGGAGAGCUGCCUGAUCCGCCUGCGCCAGUGGCUCCAGGAGACUCACAAGGGAAAGAUCCCCAAGGAUGAGCACAUCCUGCGGUUCCUGCGCGCCCGGGACUUCAACAUUGACAAAGCGCGGGAGAUGCUGUGCCAGUCGCUGGCCUGGCGCAAGCAGUACCAGGUGGAUUUCAUCCUGCAGUCCUGGAGACCCCCAGCCCUGCUGGAGGAGUACUACACCGGGGGGUGGCACUACCAGGACAAAGAUGGGCGGCCGCUCUACAUCCUCCGCCUCGGCCAGAUGGACACCAAGGGUUUGGUGAAGGCCCUGGGAGAGGAAUCCCUGCUGCGACAUGUUCUGUCCAUUAAUGAGGAAGGACAGAAGAGAUGUGAGGAAAACACCAACAUCUUCGGCCGCCCCAUCACAUCCUGGACAUGCCUGGUGGACUUGGAAGGGCUCAAUAUGAGACACCUGUGGCGGCCUGGGGUGAAGGCCCUGCUCAGGAUCAUUGAGGUGGUGGAGGACAACUACCCUGAGACCCUGGGCAGGCUUCUGAUUGUGAGAGCACCACGGGUCUUCCCCGUGCUCUGGACCCUGGUCAGUCCCUUUAUCAAUGAGAACACACGGCAGAAGUUCCUCAUCUACAGUGGCAAUAACUACCAGGGCUCAGGAGGGCUGGUGGACUAUGUGGACAAGGAUGUGAUCCCAGACUUCCUGGGAGGAGACUGCAUGUGCACUGUCUCAGAAGGGGGACUCGUCCCCAAGUCCCUUUACCAAACCGAGGACGAGCUGGAGAACCCAGAUCACAUCCGGCUGUGGACAGAAACCAUCUACCACUCUGCAAGUGUCCUCAAAGGAGCCCCACACGAGAUACUUGUGGAGAUCCUGGAAGGGGAAUCAGUCAUCACCUGGGACUUUGACAUCCUGAAGGGAGAUGUGGUGUUCAGCCUCUUUCACUCCAAACGAGCUCCUGAGCCAAGUCACAAAGAAGCCACAUCACCAAGUCCCUCUGCUGCAGGGGACAACGUACAGCUCAUCGACAAGAGCUGGGUGCUGGGGGUGGAUUACAGCCGGGUGGAGUCUCCUCUGGUCUGCAGGGAAGGAGAGAGCAUCCAGGGUUCCCAUGUCACUCGCUGGCCUGGCUUUUACAUCCUGCAGUGGAGGAUGCACGGGCCCCCGCCCUGCUCCAGCUCCAGCCUCCCACGCGUGGAUGACGUCCUGGCCUCCCUGCAGGGCUCCAGCCACAAGUGCAAGCUCAUCUACUACUACGAGGUGCUGGCCUCCAAGGACUUCAGGGGAUCCAUGUCGAGCCUGGAAUCUUGCAACAGUGGCUUUUCCCAGCUGAGUGGAGUCACCACAUCUUCCAGCCAGUCCCAGAGCAGCUCCCACCUCUCCAGAUAGCAGAGAGCCAAGGCUUCAGCAGCAGGGGGACCCCUGGGGCUGCUUCAGCCCCAAACCAAAGAGCUCCAGGGCUGAGCCUUGGGGCAGUCACAGCCAUUUGGACACAGAGAGGUCUCUGGGAGCUGCUUCAACCACAAAAGCUGAAAUUCCAAGGGCAGCUUUAGGAGUUUUGGGUCAGCUGCCUCCUUCUCAGUAGCCUCCUUCACCACUUUGGAUUUUGGGUGCCUGUGAGUUUGCAGGAAUCCAUUCCACUCCACUCCAAAGGGCUCUUCCCAUCGGUCCUUUUCCCACAAAAGAGGCUGAUGUUGCCUUACCUGUUGGACCUUUAGAUAAUUCCUGGGUGGCAAAACUAAGGGAAUGUCCUGGGUGCCCACAGGGUACUGGUUCCACACUAGACAGCCAAGUGGGCAUUCCAGGGGCAGGGCCUUGGAAGGAACUGCCAGUACCUGGUUACAGGUAGGACAGUUCAGAAAUCACUUCCCAGGCCAGACCAAAAACUUCUUCUGGUCUGGCAGGAUGCUCUGGGAAAUGUGUUGGAUUUUUUUAACCCUGCUAAAAAACAAAGUCAAAAUUACUUUUUUUUCAGAAAUUCCAGGCGUUGAAUCUGCCUCCAGUGAGUGGCAUCUUCCAAACUAUUGAUUCUUUUUACUCAGGUUUACAGCAAUAAUGAGUAGGUCUGUCCCAUUCCCGAGUGGAUGGGAACUGAAUCCAGUACUAAAGGGCUAAGAAAAGCAAUAUUUGAUUUCCUGAAGGCACAAGAUUUUCUGGCAGUAUUACAGCACUCGCUUCUUUUAAACAUGAGCUCACUUGAAACCUUUCAGAGAGGAGUGUAUGUAUGUAAGCACUUACUGGAGCCUAUUUAUUCUAUACUAGCGUAUUUUAAAUUAAUUCUUAACUUAUUUAUAAUGUCAGAAAUGACUAUUUAUUAAAUACAGUCACCUUUUUUAAUGGGAUGAACUUUGUUUUAGAAAGGAAUAACUGAUUGUCUUCAAUCCCAAGCAGUCUUUCUGCUUGGGUCCAGAUCUUUGUGAUUCACUGCAUGUUCUUGCAAAAGGGCUGCAUUGGAAUAAGGGCUGUGUCACCUUCCUUGCAAGGAAAGGUGAGAGUCCAGUGCUUUUUUUGGGCAGUUUUUUAGGAUUAAGAAACAAGGACUGAGUUCAGGAGUUGUCAUGAAGAGGCACCGUCUUCCUACACACCAAAAAUGCCAUGUUUGUCCCUAAUCUUUGAUUGUUCCUUUAGUCAGGUUGGGGAGCAAAGUUACCCAUGUUCUUGUCCAGGUGAAAAAAAAAAGGAGAGCAGGUGUCAAACACUCAGCAAGUUUUUAUUCAGGAAUCUGUGAAGUUGUUCCUUCCUGCCCUGCUUUUUGUAAUCAAUGCUUUUGAAGCACCAGGCUCUGCCAAAGGAGAAGAGAGCCAAAAUAUUUGGGACAAUGAGAGACAAAGAACUUGACAUGGUUUUCAGUUGUUUGGUGGGGUUUUUAAAGGAUUGGAGCCAAGGGAAUCACUGUCCACCUUGCAUCUCUCCCUGUGAACAGGUAAUUUGGUUAUGUAGAGCUCAGGAAAGUUCUGAUUUCCAAUUCUCAGUUGUUCCAUAAACCUUAAUAUUUCUCCCAGGCAAAUGAAACUUUUGUCUCUGGCAUUUCAGCAUAACUGGCAUCUGAUAAAGGAGGACAAAUACCACCUUUCCUCUGGAAAGUCAGGAAUUCUGGAAGCAAAAGUGCAUCUGUGUGUAUCCCUCAUGGAAAAUCCUUGACCUACAAUAAAAUCUGAUUCUAGAAACAGUUUCAGAUUCCCAAAGCCCCAGGAGCAAACCCAGCCCUGCCCCCCCUGUGCUGUUUCAGGAUUUUGCUUGCCUUUCUCACAUGGUUGCUCACAUCCUACAGUGGCAACAUUCCUGUUCCCUGGGUAAGAAUCUCUUCCUUUACCCUGUUUUUUAAAUUUUAUUUUGAAAUGUGGGAUAUGCUGUUUUCUGCCCACUAGAAGUUUUGGGUGUUUAACUUUUGUCAGUGAAGCACCUGGAACUUGGUCAGUCUCUGAAGAGUGAGGUCAAGGGCUGGUUCCACAGGGUGUUCCUGGCUCUGGGGAUAUCCCAAUCCCAGUUUUUCCUCUUGUCCCUUGGCAGGACCAUUCCUCUGCCCAUCAGAGAUCAUGGCACAGGUCUGUGAAGCAGCUUGUGCCCUCUCUUUGGCAAGGCUGCCUGGUUUAUCCCACCUGACAAUUUACUUUGAAACCAAUUUAAAUAAUCCAGUAUUUUUUUUCCCUUUUCCUCCUUGAUGUUAACAGGAGAAAGGGAGCAACAGCCUGGAUGCUGUGCUGUGCUUUUUAAACCUGACCUUGUGAACUGCAGAUACCAGAGACACCAAAUUCUUCUACAUCACCUUUUUCCUCCCUCAAAUGACAUCAAUGCGCUUUAGAAAAUAAACUCAGAGUUUUCUUCACAGAGAGCUGAGUCUGGGAGGGGUCCUGGACCCUCAGAAAUCUCCUAAGGCACAACCUUGGCCCGUGGCCUCAUUUUGGGUGAUGCAGCAAAGCCCUUCCUGCUCCCUCCCUGCUCUGCAGCGAGGCCAAUGAGCUUGGGCUGUGUGCAGGGAAGGAGCUGCUAAUUAAAAACUGGCUCCCAGUAAAUUUGGGCUGUCCCUGGUUCAGAUGUUCCCUAUGCAAACACAACACCUACCUCAGAGCUGCUGUGGUGUCUCGUGGUGCUGGGGGAGUGCAGGAUGCUGUGCCAGAGGUUGCAGUUAAAUACAGCCAGAUGUGACACCUUCAUUCCCAGGGAGCUCUCCGGGUUUGCCCCAUUCCCUGGGCUCUGUCCCAGGGCAGGGAAGGGCAAACACAGAGUGUGAGGAUGGAUGGUGGCUGGCCUCAGCUGUCGUUCAGGGCACAAUCCUGAGCCAUUCUGCUGCUCUUCUGGUGUGAAGAGGGCUUUGUCCCCGCUGAAGGAGAAGGGCUGAGCUCCAGCCCCGCAGGUGUCACCUCUGCCGGGUGCCAGGGGAGCGCUGAGCGCCACCACUGGGGGCUCUCCCAGGGAGGCACCGGAGCAGCCCCGUCCUUCCUCAGAACAGAAUUCCCAACAGGCCAGGGAAUCCUGAGUGACUGAGAGCAGCUGUGUUCCUGUGCUCAGCCAGCUCAGUUCUGUCCCUUCCCUUCCAGGAACUGUGAGUAACAAUUUGUAAUCCCAGUUUGGUUUAUUGGCAAAAGGCUUUGAAAAUGCCACAAUCCACUCGCAAUUCCCAGUAGGAAGUGGCAAGCCCAGCUGUCCACCACACUGGGCUGGGAAGCUGCUGGGGCUGAGGCUCCAGGCAGGGAAUCCCUCAUUUCAAAAGGCAUUUUAUAAACUCACACUGCUUUAAUAUCCCAAAUGUUUGCACUGUGAGCAAUUAAUGCAAGGAACAGCUAUUAGGGACUUACUUGACAGCAACUGUCAAAGAUUCCUGCAUGCAAUUAACUUUAAUAUUCCUCCAACACGUUUGUGAUGCUCCUUAUAUCUGAUUAUUUCUCUCUUGGAAGGUGAAAUUGGAGUCAAGUCACAUUUACUGGAUUUUAAUGACACCAACACCCACUUCCAAGCUUUCCGUUACACGUGUAUUAAAUGGGCAUUAAUUAAGUUUUUUAGCAGCACUUUCCUUUGCAGCUGGCUUUGGUUUUAUACAUUGAAAUCUUAAUUUUUCUCAGCCAAAACCCCCAAACCUCCUGUAAAAGCCCACUGCAGGGCACUGAAAUAACAGAUGUCCUCCAGUGGUGUUUGUGGGUCCUGGUAGCGCUGUACUUUUGGGUAUGUGAGAAAUAAAACAUCUCUGAGAACAUGUGGACUUGUUUGAUUCAAACUGUUGAUUUCAAACUUGAAAUUGCAGGACAAUUAAAAUUGAAGCCUGUGUGCUGCUCUCUUGCCCCCACAAGUAGAAGUAAGGCUUGUAUUCACUUUUUGCUACUUUUUAACUAAA